AUGAAUUCUACAGAAAAACGACUCUUAAAAGAGUAUAGAAACGUCCAGAGAGAGCUUCAUGGAACCAAGAAUAGCUCAUUAAGGAAGUCUGGACUUUUAGAAUUGAAACCAACGUCACAGUCGGAUAUGUAUGAGUGGAGUGCCACAAUUGAAGGGCCAGAUAGUACGCCUUACGAAAAUACAGCAUUUGAUCUUGAUAUCAAGAUUCCAAGAAGUUAUCCACUAGAACCACCGGCAAUCUACUUUGUUGUGCUUUCGGAUGAGACUAUAAGGAAACUGCAGGGUAGAAGUAAUAAGAAAGACAUUGAAGUUUCAAAAAAAGCACCAAUAACUCGUAAAUGCUUCAAGAUGCCACACCCAAACGUUAAUUUUAACACAGGAGAAAUAUGCCUAGAUAUAUUGAAGAAGAGAUGGUCGCCGGCCUGGACGUUGCAAAGUGCCAUUUUAGCUAUAGUAGUGCUUCUAUCGAAUCCCGAGCCAAGCAGCCCGCUAAAUGUGGACUUGGCGAAUUUAUUGAGAUGUGAGGAUGAAACUGCUUACAAGGCUCUUAUUAGAUUUUACAUAGAAGAAUACAGCGCCAUUUCGACGUAA